AACAACUUGAAACAAGACCAGACAGAUUGACCUCUUGAAGAGCACGACUUGAGGUUUUCUGCCAAUUUAUGCUAUAAAAUUGGUCCCGCUGGAUUGUGCAAAAUACCCGUGAAGCUCAUUUCUGAUUUGCAAAUAAAUUCUUUAGCUUGUGCUCGGGGGGGGGGGGUCUAUUCAAAAAUUUAGACACUUGGCAACUGGCAUAUAUUUGUGUAUCUUGUUGGGGCAAAUCCACUUAGGGUUAGGUGUCCACAAAUUCGGACAGCAAGAUGGACAUUUCCAAUGGAUUUACAGAGCAUUGUUAUGCUUAGGAAGGGGCUGACCUUUUGAGCCCACCCUAUUGAGGCAAUUUUUGUAUUGAGGAAUAAAGGGAUCCUAUAUAAUUAUUUUUUUCCCAGGAAUCCCACUGGAGAAAGGCUGAUCAUAAACAUUGCAAAGCAGCAACUUCUGAAAAACAGGCUGUGGCCUCUUUAAGGCCUUGCUGGAAAGCGGCUCCCCGUUGCCGUGGCAACCAGAGGAGCGCGUGGCUUCUGCCCGGCCGGGAGGAAAACAAGAAGCGCUUCCUGGAGGACGUUCCACAAAAAAACCAACAACCCGAGAACGAGACGGAGUUGCGCAUGCGCCACGCUCGACCGCCGUCUCUCUUGGCGGCGGCGCGUUCCGGAGCCGGCCGUCGCCAGCCUGCGCCUGCGCAGAAGCCGUCGGCGAAGCCGGCCGUGCUCGGGGCAACGCGCGACGCGGCGCGGGAGGGCAAGGAGAAACAAAGAUGGCGGCCGGAGCGGCAGGAGUCGUUGCCAUGGCGUCGCGCCGGCGGGCCACAGCCAAGGGGAAGCCCAGUGCAGUCAGCCACCUCUGUGAGGUGUGAACGAGGGGCCAGCAGAGUUGAGGGACUCUCCACUUGCCAGAGGGCUCUUCACAUCCUUCUCUCCACGAUGCCCCAAGCUUCGGAACAUCGCCUGAGCCGGGCCCGAGAACAAGCCGCCAUCACCUCCCAGCCCAGAGCCACCAGCAAGCUUCUCAACGGGCCACGGGCCCCCAGCCAAGAGCACCGUGCCUGCUGCCCCUCUUCCGCCCUCUCCAAUGGGCUCUCCACCACCGCAGCCGUCACCACCGCCUCCAAACUCCGGCCUUUGCCGCCCCGGCCAGGCAACCUGGAGGACCGGAGCAAGAAAAUGGAACUGGAGCGAGGCAGGAGCUCCAAACGCAGCGAGGCGCCUCGGCCCUCGGCCUCCCGCCGGGGUCCCAUCAAAGCCGACCACGCCCUCCGCGUGCCCAGCUGCCCGCAAGCCGGCACGGUCUCCGGCAGCGUCUCUUUCAGCAUGCCUCCCGGGGUCCUCCUGGGCGGGCCGGACUCCGAGUGCCGGCAGAGCAACCUGCUGCGGUCCAAGUCCAUCAGCAUCGGCGACUUGAGCCACCCCGGCAGCCGCGGUGAAGAGCAGCUGAGCGCAAUGCUGAGCCGGCUCACCCUGCAGGACCACAACCCUUCUUGCGGUCACAAGCUUGGCCUGGGCGCCUUUGCCUUGAAGAGGAGCUCUUCGCUCCGGAGGGUCAACAUGAGCUCCGGCCUCGACGGGAGACCCGCUGCUCCGCUCCUGUCCGUCCGCACGGAGAGCUACCUGAGGACUUGCAACAUAGACCCGCUGGCCACGGAGUAUGGGCGUUCCCAAGAUAUCCUGAUGUCGGCGAGCCCGCCUCCGAGCAAGACGCCGCUGCUGAGCAGGCUGGAAGACAAGGCCACCACACAUCACACACUCCUGCUGGGCUCUGGGCACAUAGGUCUACGCAACCUUGGCAAUACGUGCUUCAUGAACGCGGUGCUACAAUGCCUGAGCAGCACCAAGCCCUUACGGGACUACUGCCUCCGUCGGGAAUUUCGGCAAGAGCAGCCCUGCACGCUCCGGACCCAGCAGGAACUGACAGAAGCCUUGGCGGACGUCAUCGCCACACUGUGGCAUCCCGAUACCAGCGAGGCUGCCAACCCUAGCCGCUUUAAGUCCGUCUUUCAGAAAUACGUCCCAUCUUUUACAGGAUACAGCCAGCAAGACGCCCAGGAGUUUUUGAAGUUCCUCAUGGAUCGGCUCCACGUGGAGAUCAACCGGAAGGGCCGUAAAAGUCCCUGCAUUCUCUCGGAUGCUAAGUGGCCCUCGGUACUAGAGGACUCCGAAACUUUGAGUGACGACGAACAAGCUAACCAGAUGUGGAAACGCUACUUAGAAAGAGAAGACAGUAAAAUAGUAGACCUCUUUGUCGGCCAGCUGAAGAGUUGCCUCAAGUGUCAGGUUUGCGGCUACCGGUCAACCACCUUUGAAGUUUUCUGCGACCUCUCCCUGCCUAUCCCCAAGAAAGGAUUCGCCGGCGGGAAAGUCUCGCUGCUCGACUGUUUCAACCUUUUCACCAAGGAAGAGGAGCUGGAUUCUGAAAACGCCCCAGUAUGUGACAAAUGCCGACAGAGGACCCGAAGCACCAAGAAACUGACCAUCCAGCGCUUCCCCCGUAUUCUCGUGCUACAUCUCAACCGUUUUUCCACCACCCGCUAUUCCAUUAAGAAAUGUUCUGUAUAUGUGGAUUUCCCCCUCCAGCAGCUCAACCUGAAGGAGUUUGCCAGCGAAAAGGCCGGCACCCCAGUAUACAACCUCUACGCCUUGUGCAAUCACUCCGGAAGCGUCCACUACGGUCAUUACACAGCCUUCUGCAAGGAUCAGUCUGGCUGGCGAGUUUUUAACGAUUCCCGGGUGUCGCCGAUCAGCGAGAAUCAGAUCCCCUCCAGCGAAGGUUACGUACUUUUUUACGAGCUGGAUGACUUCCACUGGAAGAAACAGUAAAAAAAAAAAAAAAUUUAAAGUAUUGACUGGCAGCCCCUCUUUGACCUACAGGCCCCUCAAGACACGCACACCUGGGUCUUUUUAAUCUUCAGAGAAAAAGGGGGUGGUGGGGAGGGGGGGGGAAGCAGUGGCGAGGGGGUAAAAAAAUUGUAAUAAAACCAACAAGCGAUAUCCGCGUGUGAUUUGUUUCUCCAAAGCCCCCCCUCCCCCCGGGGUUUCUGUUUCCUACAACUUUAUCCAGGUUUAUUUUUGGCUUUUUAAAACUUUUUUUUUUUUGCCUCUGGGGGGGGGGGGUUGUUCCUGAAUUGUCCAGAAUUUUUAAGAUAAAGGGGGAGAAAUUUCCUGAUAAUUAGAACAAUUAAUCAGUGGAACAACCUGCCACCAGAAGCUGUGAACGCUCCAACACUGGAAGUUUUUAAGAAGAGACUAGACAGCCAUUUAUUUGUCUGAAACGGUCUAGGGUUUCCUGCCCGGGCAGGGGGUUGGACUAGGUGACCUCCAAGGUCCCUCAUGAUGUUAUGAUGAUGAUGAUGAUGAUGAUGAUGAUGACUAAAAAUGGUAGGAAAAUGAGGAUUGGAGGAUUGAAACCUCAGAAUGGGAUGCAGCAUUAUCCUCGCCUGCGCAUCCGUGUUUUUUUUCCCCCUUUCUUCGCCUCUUUCCCUUCCUUUCCCAGCUUCUCCCUAAAACCCUCAGGGCCAAAAUAAGGUGUGCUAUGACACACACACACACGUAUACACCUCGGUCAGAGACUGGGGCAUUGUGCUUGGUUUUAACAACUUUCUACACAACGAAGGCUUUGUUUGACAUGUGCAGUAGACGAUUGAGAGAAAAUGAAGAGAUUUUUGUGAAUAAAUUUAUUUAACAAAAGAAAAAAGAAAAAAAAACGAAA